AUGGUUGAAUCAAAGUGUUAUGAUACUAACAUAGUACAGUACAAAGCUGAAGGUAACGCUGCCUUUGCUGCCAAGGACUUCAACAAGGCUGUCGAGCUUUUUACGAAAGCAAUUGAAGCUUCUGAGACACCCAACCAUGUAUUGUAUUCCAAUAGAUCAGGAUCUUAUGCUUCGUUAAGGGAUUAUGAUUCGGCGGCUAAGGAUGCUGAGGAAUGUAUCAAGAUCAACCCCAGCUGGGCCAAGGGCUACACCCGUAAAGGUGCUGCCUACCAUGGUUUAGGAGACUUGGUCACUGCCAGGGAUGCCUAUGAGGAGGCAUUAAAGCUCGAUCCUGCCAAUGCACAAGCAAAAUCUGGAUUGGCUAGCGUUGAUGCUGCUAUUCAACAAGAGGCUGCUGGUGAUGGUCAAACUCCAGAUCUUGGUAUGGGCAGUCUAUUCAAAGAUCCAGCCACAUUUGCCAAGUUGGCUAACCACCCCAAAACCAGUGAAUAUAUGAAGGAUCCUGCUUUUGUAGCUAAGUUGGAGGGAUUACAGAAUAACCCCAUGGCAGCCUUGACUGGGGCUUCGAGUGAUCCUAGACUGAUGGAAGCCAUGGCUGUUAUUCUGGGAAUUGAAAUGCCAGCAGGUGCUGGUCCUGGUUCUGGUCCUGCUCCUAGCAGUUCCGAACCUAAACCUGCUGAAUCUGCCAAGCCCAAAGAGCCUGAACCAGAGCCUGAACCAGUUGAUACAGACAAGCAAAAGGCAGACGAAGAAAAGAGUUUAGGUAAUGCUGCUUACAAGAAACGACAGUUUGACGAGGCAAUUACCCACUACAACAAUGCUUGGGAUAUCUUCAAAGAUAUCACUUACCUUAACAACAGAGCUGCUGCUGAGUUUGAAAAGGGUGAUUAUGAUGAAGCCAUUAAAACUUGUUUGUAUGCUAUUGAACAAGGUAGAGAGUUGCGAUCCGAUUACAAGCUAUUUGCUAAGGCAUACUCACGUAUCGGUACUACAUAUCUUAAGAAGGACGACCUGCCAAGUGCCAUUGAAUAUUUCAACAAAUCAUUAACGGAGCACCGUACUCCUGAUGUUCUUAAUAAGCUUCGAUCUACUGAAAAGGAAUUGAAGAAGCGCGAAGCUGAAAGUUAUAUCGAUCCUGAGAAAGCCGAGGAGGCCAGAGAAGAAGGUAACAAGCUAUUUAAGGAAGGCGAUUGGCCUGGUGCUGUAAAGGCUUACACUGAAGCUAUCAAGAGAGCUCCCAAAGACCCCAGAGGUUACGCUAACCGUGCCGCUGCCCUCCUCAAGCUUAUUGCAUACCCUGAAGUUAUCAAGGAUUGUGACAUCGCCAUUUCACUUGAUCCUAAUUUCUUCAAGGCUUACACUCGUAAGGCCACUGCUUACUAUGUUAUGAAGGAUUACCGCAAUUGUAUGGAUACUCUCGAGGUCGCUCGUAGCAUUGACACCGAGUUCAAGCACACUCGUGAGAUUGAGGAGUUAUACACUAAAGCCUCUACCGCAAGAUUCGCUGCUCUUCCCGGUGAGACUGCCGAGCAAACCGCUGAACGUCUAUCUCAAGAUCCAGAAAUCGACGAGAUUCGUCGUGAUCCUGUCAUGAACACAAUCCUUCAACAGGCCCAAAAUGAUCCAGCUGCUCUUCGGGAUCAUCUCCAAAAUCCUGAGAUCCGCCGUAAAAUUAAUCUUCUUGCUGCCGCUGGUAUUAUCAGAACCCGUUAA